GCUUUCCUUUUGACUGGGCACACCCAGAAAGGAAAUACAUCACACAAACGGAACUACGGAAGAGAGACAAGGAAAGAGGAAGGCAAGGAUUGACUUGUAGUAAUCGAGGAAGUAUAAUCACUAGAAAGAAAAAUAAUCAAAGAAUUUCAAAAAAAAACUUACCAGUCAACAAACAACAACCACAAGAGAAUAACCAGAAUCAGAGUUUGAAUGCCUUUUGUGAUUAUUCUGAUCGUUGUUUGUCAUUCAGGGUAGUGGAUAUUGUGGGGACUGGGGAAUGUGGUGAUAAACUGGGUUUUCUUAUCUCCUUCUGUAGCCAAGAGAGAGGGAGGAAAAGGGGAUUUCUGUAGUUGAGGGGGAAUUUCAAAUUUGGUGCUGAUCUUAUACUAAUCGUGGUUUUGUGCUUGUGGGUCUCUGAAAUUCUGUUGAAAGCUUAAACUUUUGUGAAUUUUUGUCACCUUUCAUAAGUUUACCAGACUGCUUAAGAGUCCUGCUUUGGGUUAUUGAGAUUUUGAGGAAUUAGAUUUUGCUCUGGUUUAGGUGCUCAAAUGUGUUUGGUUUUGAUUUUGUGGAGGAGAAGUUGGGUUUUGGGUCCUGUCUAUUCCCUGUUUCGAUAGGCACGUUGAAUAAGCUCUUGGAUGGGCUUUAGUUACAGGUUUUGAUCUGCAUUGGUGGUGUCUGGAAGAAUUGGGAAUUGAUAUAUAGUGUUGAGUCUUUUUUGAGGGGGUGGCAUUUGGUUUGUUCUCGUAAAUUAUGUUAAAGCAGAUACUCAGCAAGCUACCACGAAAGUCAUCUAAGACUGCAGAAAAUCGUGAGCAUGGAGGACACCGUGCUAUUUAUUCCAAUGUGUCCACUGGUUCAAGAAGCAGUGAUGUAGGAACAACUAAGGCUGGGAAUUCUACCAUAACAUCUCUUCCUUCUUCUAAUUCUGUUUCAGAUUUGGGACAGAAGCAUAUUAACAGGGUACACCUUGGUGCAAAUUUGAAGCAAAAUGGAAAUUCAGGAUUUUCUGCUUAUGAAGCAUUGCCUGAAUUCAGGGAAGUUCCAAACUCGGAGAAGCAGAACUUAUUUAUAAAGAAGCUGCAUCUGUGUUGUUUUGUAUUCGACUGCACUGACCCAACAAAGAAUCUGAAGGAGAAGGAGAUUAAGCGACAAACAUUGCUAGAGCUACUGGAUUAUGUUACUUCUGCAAAUGGUAAAUUCCAGGAAACUGUCAUGCAAGAGGCAAUUAAAAUGGUAUCUGCGAACUUGUUUAGGGCGUUCAAUCCUCAGCCACGUGAGAACAAGGUCAUAAAUGGGUUUGAUAUGGAAGAGGAGGAGCCCUCAAUGGAUCCUGCAUGGCCACACUUGCAAAUUGUUUAUGAGUUCUUACUAAGGUUUGUGGCAUCACCUGAGACAGAUGCAAAGUUGGCAAAAAGAUACAUUGAUCAAUCCUUUAUCCUGAAGUUGCUUGAUUUGUUUGACACUGAUGAUCCUCGACAAAGGGAGUAUCUGAAAACAACUCUUCACCGGAUCUAUGGUAAAUUUAUGGUACAUCGUCCAUUCAUCAGAAAAGCCAUCAACAAUAUCUUUUUCCAAUUUAUCUUUGAGACUGAGAAGCAGAAUGGGAUUGCUGAACUUCUAGAAAUUCUGGGUAGUAUUAUCAAUGGAUUUGCUUUGCCACUGAAAGAAGAACAUGAAGUUUUUCUUGUUCGUGCACUUAUUCCCCUGCAUAAACCCAGAUGCUUGGCCAUGUACCAUCUGCCGUUAUCGUACUGCAUCACACAGUUUGUGGAGAAAGACUGCAAGCUUGCUGAUACUGUUAUCAGGGGUUUAUUGAAAUACUGGCCUAUCACAAAUAGUUCAAAGGAAGUGAUGUUCCUAAAUGAAUUGGAUGAAGUUUUAGAAGCAACUCAGCAGCCUGAAUUUCAGCGCUUCAUGGUGCCCCUUUUUCGCCAGAUUGCGAGGUGUCUGAACAGUUCACACUUUCAGGUGGCAGAGAGAGCUUUGUUUUUAUGGAACAAUGAUCACAUUGAGAAUCUGAUCACACAAAACCGCACGGUCAUAUUGCCAAUUAUUUUUCCUGCCUUGGAGAUAAAUGCCAGAAAUCAUUGGAAUCAGGCUGUUCACAACUUGACUAUGAAUGUCCGCAAGAUUUUUCAUGAUCUUGAUCCGGAGCUCUUCAAGGAGUGUUUACUUAAGCUUGAAGAAGAUGAAUCGAAGGAAGACAAGAUCAAAGCUAAACGCGCAGCUACGUGGAGCCGUCUAGAAAAUUUUGCUGCUCAGAAAACUGCAAGUGAUGAGGCGUUGCCUGUUUCUUGCAAAGAACCUCGCACAUAUUCAGGUUAGCGAGAACAGGAUUUUAUCGAUGUCACUCUUUUCUUUCUCUGAUUAAGGUGGGAUUCAUGAAGUAGAAACAUUGUUCAGAUGGUGAACUGGUCACGGAUUGUUCCUCACCUACUUCAUAAGGAAUCUAAUAUGUGGGAGGGUUACUGGCUUAUGCUGAAGCCUAAUGAACAUUUUCUAAAUUUCUCUUGAAUCCUUUAGAAUUCUUAGCUUGCAAGAUCAUUUGUUGUGAAAAGGUGAUAAGUUUUAAAAUGAACUUUUCAUAGAUCCAGAAUCACAUAUGAUAAUCCGAUUGGCGGUGAGGAUGGGGUUCCUAUUGUAAAAUAAAAUAUUUUUGUUAUGUCGUUCUUAAUGUUCUUUUUUAUGCUUCAGUUUCUGAGUUUCACA